AUGCCCAUAUCCACUCGGCUGAGAAAAGUCUUCUCCAAACUAAGAAGAAAUAAAAGCAAGCAAAAGAGUGAGACUCGAUCUUCACCCACCAACAACGCACUCCAGCAAAACCCAAAAGUUGCACAGAGACAGAAAACGCUAGUUGAAGCUUCUCGCCAAGGCGAUAUAGUCGCCGUGACAGAAAUUCUCCGACAACGCGGAGCAUCUCCAGAGGGAGAAGAGUCCUUGCGUGCAGCAGCCUCGAAUGGCCAUGCAGAUGUCGUUCUUCUGCUCCUGCAGCAUAGAAUAGAUCCGAACAAGCUCGACAGCGUCGGCCAAACCGCUCUGCACAAAGCUGUUAUCCAUGGCCACGGCAAAGUUGUUCGUCUACUCGUCGAGAACGGUGCAGACCCGUUCAUAGGCACUGCGCCCAUCCUGUGCGAAGCCAGCAGUGAGGCCAGCAGUGAAGCCACCAGCGAAGCCAGCAGCGAAGCCAGCAGUGAAGCCAGCAGCGAAGCCAGCAGUGAAGCCAGCAGUGAAGCCAGCAGUGAAGCCAGCAGUGAAGCCAGCAGUGAAGCCAGCAGUGAAGCCAGCAGUGAAGCCAGCAGUGAAGCCAGCAGUGAAGCCAGCAGUGAAGCCAGCAGUGAAGCCAGCAGUGAAGCCAGCAGUGAAGCCAGCAGUGAAGCCACCAGCGAAGCCAGCAGUGAAGCCAGCAGUGAAGCCAGCAGUGAAGCCAGCAGUGAAGCCAGCAGUGAAGCCAGCAGUGAAGCCAGCAGUGAAGCCAGCAGUGAAGCCAGCAGUGAAGCCAGCAGUGAAGCCAGCAGUGAAGCCAGCAGUGAAGCCAGCAGUGAAGCCAGCAGUGAAGCCAGCAGUGAAGCCAGCAGUGAAGCCAGCAGUGAAGCCAGCAGUGAAGCCAGCAGUGAAGCCAGCAGUGAAGCCAGCAGUGAAGCCAGCAGUGAAGCCAGAAGUAAAGAAGGCCCCAGCUAA